GGGGUCGACAGUUUGCAGCCACUGAUAAUGUGUAUGCAACUGGAUUAACCGAUGCCUUCUCUUCAAUGGUAUCAGGAAAUGGUGACAUUAGUGAACAGUCAAUUCAGCUUGAAAGUUCUGCAACAAAGGUUGAAGACGACAGUUGGUUGAACAGAACAGUUGUCAUCGAUAAGACCGUUGGGAAUGAUACGUUUUUUGUCAUCACAUGGGAGAAGCAGACACCAGAUAUUUUUGUAUAUGACCCCAGUGGAAGGACAUACAACAGCAAUGACUUUAAAAUUGAUAGUACAACACAUACGGCCCGUCUGAGCAUUCCUGGCACUGCACAG